UCAACUUCAAACUAACUUAAAUCUCCAAAUCCUUCUCUUUUUCAACACUACUUCUCAUAUAAUUCAUACUCAGUUCAAACCAUUGGGUCGAAUUCAAUUGGUUUGGAUUCGAUCUGAUGGUUUUGAGGUUCUUUUAGUGAAGUAUUCCAAGUUAAUCCUCCAAGAAGUAUUUUUUUAUUUAGCCAUCUCAUUUCCUUUUUGGUUUACUACUUUCUUUUUCUCUUUAAGAAGGUAUUUUAGCCACGCACCAAGCAGAUAUUCCUAAGCAAAGCAAAGAUUGUUGAGAUGGACAAGGUAAUGAGAUUGGCCUCAGAGAAAGGAGUAGUGAUCUUUAGCAAGACUUCAUGUUGCCUGUCUUAUGCAGUCAACAUUUUAUUUCAAGAACUGGGUGUGAGCCCUGUGGUUCAUGAGCUUGACCAGGACCCUGAAGGAAGAGAAAUGGAGAAAGCCCUUAUGAGGUUGGGCUGUAAUGGACCUAUACCAGCUGUUUUCAUUGAUGGGAAGCUUGUGGGAUCCACCAAUGAAGUCAUGUCCCUACACCUAAGCGGCAAGCUGAUUCCUCAGCUUAAGCCUUAUCAGAAUUUAUCUUAAAUUAGAUGAAAUCCAAUUAUCAUGGUGGACAAAUAAAUUGGCUCAAAAUUAGUAGCUUAGUGUGAGCUCUCUGUAUUGAAAGUCUAUAUAUAUAGAUAUGUUUUUAAAUAUAUAGCGUUUAAUCUGUCAAAGUACCAUGUAGCAUUGAAUUAGCUAUAGCAUGUAAUCUGUUUCUGUUUUCUAUUCUUAAUGAAGUUUGCUUUAUAUA